AUACAUCAUCGAGGAAGAACAGAUUGGACUGAGCGUAACAUCUAAACAAAGGCCAUGUCCCGGCGAGCAGAUGCUUCCCAGUGUGGUGGAGUUGUGGUUGAAUUUGAGUCCGAAAACAUGAGGGAUUCAAGAGCUAAAGAAAGAAGGAGCGUACCGGGUUCAGCUCUUAUCUACCUCAAGGGUCCAAAGUUUCUCAUCUAUGUCAGUGGAGCAUUGUCAAUGUGGGGUGACCGCAUGUGGCACUUUGCAAUUUCUGUAUUCCUGAUUGAGCUGUAUGGCCAUAACCUGCUGCUGACUGCAGUGUUCGGAUUGGUAGUGGCGGGGUCAGUGCUGCUACUUGGAGCUUUGAUUGGAGACUGGGUUGAUCGCAACCCCAGGAUUAAAGUUGCACAUGCAUCUCUUUUCAUUCAGAACACCUCAGUGACCGUAUGUAGCAUUGUGCUCAUGUUGGUGUUCUCAUAUAAGCAAAGGAUUGAACAGAUCUGGGAUGGAUGGCUUACUGUGGUUUGUUAUACGGUGGUGAUCGUCCUGGCAGAUGUGGCAAACCUUGCAAGCACAGCGCUGACCAUUGCCAUUCAGAGGGAUUGGAUUGUGGUCAUCACGGGCUACAACCGAGGUCACCUCGCUGGAAUGAAUGCAACCAUGAGGCGGAUAGAUCAGGUGACUAACAUCCUGGCCCCACUAGCAGUAGGACAGGUCAUGACCCUGGCCUCCAAUGUGGUUGGCUGUGGCUUCAUCCUUGGUUGGAAUCUGGUGUCUCUCAUUGUUGAGUUCUUCUUCUUGUCGCGGGUGUAUCGCAUCGUCCCUGCUCUUUCAGUCAAACCACCAACAGUCGAGGAUGACCAAGCAUACCUGCAGAGUGCAGAGAGGAGAGAGCCUCAAGGCAAUGUUGCACAACCUCAACCUCUGACAGAAGAUAACUGCAAUUCAAGCAUGCAUCUAAACAAAAUCACUAACUUGCCACAGUGUUUCCGGAGGUUUCGCUGGUUGGUGAGCACUUGUAAAGAUGGCUGGAGGGCCUACUAUCGCCAGCCUGUCUUCCUGGCAGGAAUGGGUCUGGCUUUCCUCUAUACUACAGUCCUGGGGUUUGAUUGCAUCACCACCGGCUAUGCCUAUACACAGGGCAUUAGUGGAUCUCUUCUUAGUUUGCUGAUGGGUGUGUCAGCAAUCACAGGGUUGAUGGGCACUGUGAUGUUCACUAGACUCAGGAAGACCUAUGGCUUAGUCAACACAGGCAUCAUCUCAAGCUGCCUCCACCUGGGCUGCUUGUUGCUAUGUGUUUGCUCUGUUUUUGCUCCUGGAAGCCCGAUGGAUCUUAACUUGCUGAUGCCCUACUUUACUGCAAAUUCCUCUUCUGAGCCUGGAGGGAUGGCAAGCCAAAGGCAAAAACACACCUAUCCUCUGUCUGGAGGUAACAAUCAGCCACUGCUUCCUGAUCGCUCCUCCAUUCAUUGGACCAAUAACACUGUGCUUUUUGACAACGUGCCAUCUGGAACAGCUCCAGAAUCUUACAUCUCCAUUAUUCUGCUGUUCUUGGGUGUCAUCACAGCACGCAUUGGUCUGUGGUCCUUCGACCUGACUGUGACCCAGCUUCUGCAAGAAACCAUCUGUGAGUCUGAGAGAGGAAUUGUUAAUGGGGUGCAAAGCUCUAUGAAUUACCUUAUGGACCUGCUUCACUUCAUCAUGGUGAUCUCCGCUCCACAACCAGAACACUUUGGGAUCUUAGUCAUCAUCUCUGUUUUAUUCAUCACCACUGGGCACAUCAUGUACUUCUUCUAUGCACAUAAAGCCAAGAGAAAACACAGACUCAACACAUAA